GAUCUAGCUGACACUCGAAGAUAAGGGCGUCUAGAGGAAAACCCGGGCACUGGGCUAUUAAAUGUGAAGGAAGAGGAUGAGACAGAUGCCAUGAAUAGUCAUCAGACUGAAAUACAUUGCUCCCUCCCUGCCGAUGAAGAAAAAGCUGAUAUAGUGAAAGUUGAGAUAACAGAAGAUCUGUGUUUGAGGCGUCAGCUGGAAGCACAAGAUGAGGAAACCAGUGACCGUAUCAGCCCAGGCCAUAUGGAUGUGACGCCUUCAGAGGGCUCAGCGGUUGAGCACGGAGGAGAACCGUAUGUGUGUGAUCAUGUGAAGACUGAGGAGGAUGAAGUUCCAAUAAAUAUGGCUACAGGUGAUGUUAAGGCUGAAGUCACACUUAAUGCUGAACAGACUUAUGUGCUGGAAGCUCUGAAACAGGAAAUCAGUCACAAUAUCAGUACAGGUGAUGUUAAGGCUGAAGUCACACUUAAUGCUGAACAGACUAAUAAUAUGGAUGCUCUGAAGCAGGAAAUCAGUGACAAUAUCAGUACAGGUGAUGUUAAGACUGAAGUCACAAUUAAUGCUGAACAGACUAAUGAUCUGUAUGUAAUGAGUCAGCCGGAAGCUGUGAAGCAGGAAAUCAGUGACCAUAUCAGUACAGGUAAUCUUACAAACUGCAGUAAUCCUAGCCCUAGCCAUGGUGAAAAUACAGAUACUUGUUUCAAUCUUCUUCAAAAUCAAAGAAGCAGCGUGGGAAAUUUAUCUUCUGAAUACGGGAUUUUUUUUACAAGGAAAUCAAAUAUUUUAAGACAUCAGACAAUUCAGUCUGAAUUAAAAGCAUUUUCAUGUUCUGAAUGUGGGAAAUGUUUUGCUCUGAAAUCAAAUCUUACUAAACAUCAGACAAUUCAUACAGGAGAGAAAGCAUUUUCAUGUUCUGAAUGUGGGAAAUGUUUUGCUCGGAAAACGCAUCUUAUUACACAUCAGAUAAUUCAUACAGGAGAGAAAGCAUUUUCCUGUUCUGAAUGUGGGAAAUGUUUUGCUCAGAAAACUCAUCUUAUUACACAUCAGAUAAUUCAUACAGGAGAGAAAGCAUUUUCCUGCUCUGAAUGUGGGAAAUAUUUUGCUCGGAAAUCAACUCUUAUUAAACAUCAGAUAAUUCAUACAGGAGAGAAAAUAUUUUCAUGUUCUGAAUGUGAGAAAUGUUUUGCUCUAAAAUCAACUCUUACUGAACAUCAGAAAAAUCAUACAGGAGAGAAAACAUUUUCAUGUUCUGAAUGUGGGAAAUAUUUUGUUCUAAAAUCAACUCUUACUGAUCAUCAGAAAAUUCAUACAAGAGAAAAAACAUUUUCAUGUUCUGAAUGUGGAAAAUGUUUUGCUCGGAAAUCAACUCUUACUAAACAUCAGAAAAUACAUACGGGAGAGAAAGCAUUUUCAUGUUCUGAAUGUGGGAAGUGUUUUACUCAGAAAUCAACUCUUAUUACACAUCAGAAAAUUCAUACAGGAGAGAAAGUAUUUUCAUGUUCUGAAUGUGGGAAAUUCUUUGCUUUGAAAUCACAUCUUACUACACAUCAGAAAAUGCAUACCGGAGAGAAAGCAUUUUCAUGUUUUGAAUGUGGGAAAUGUUUUUCUCUGAAAUCAAAUCUUACUGCACAUCAGAAAAUUCAUACAGGAGAGAAAGCAUUUUCAUGUUUUGAAUGUGGGAAAUGUUUUUUUCUAAAAUCAAAUCUUGUUACACAUCAGAAAAUUCAUACAGGAGAGAAAGCAUUUUCAUGUUCUGAAUGUGGGAAAUGUUUUACUAGGAAAUCAAAUCUCAUUAUACAUCAGAAAAUUCAUCCAGGAAACGUGUUCUGAAUGUGGGAAAUGUUUUUCUGAUUAAUCUUAUUACACAUCAGCAAACUCAUACAGGAGAGAAAGCAUUUUCAUGUUCUGAAUGUGGGAAGUGUUAUACUGACAAAUCUCUUAGUAGACAUCAGAAAAUUCAUAAAGAAGAGAGAACAUUUUCAUGUUCUGAAUGUUUAUAUUUCAGAAAUAAACCCUUUUUGUGUUUUGAA